CUGGAGUGGUUUCCACCAAUUGAUGGAUACAUCUUUGAAAGAGAUUUGGGAUCGGCCUGUCAUUUGUGUGUUGAGAAAAGGAUCUUGGUCCAGUAUGCUUCCAAUGCAUCUUCCCCAGUGCCAUGUAACCCCUCUGGGCAUUGGAGUCCAAGGGAAGCUGAAGGACGGCCUGACGUGGAACAGCCAUGUGAAACAAGCGUACGUACGUGGAGCCCUGGAGCCAACGACAACUCUGUCCCUCCCGCAUGCACUGAACCUCAUGGAUGCUACCUGCAGCUGGAGUUUCCACACCCGGUGGUCCCACAAACUCUUACCAUCUGGGUGACAUUUAUUACCACGGAAUCUGACACGAUUGGAGCCGAGGUGGACGUCAGAAUACUCUUGGUCAGUGGAGAGAUCUUGCACUUGGGA